GGCGAUUUUGGUUAAAAUAUUCAAAAUGGCGGACGGAGGAGCAGCGAGUCAAGAUGAGAGUUCGGCGGCGGCGGCGGCGGCAGCAGACUCGAGAAUGAACAACCCGUCAGAAACCAGUAAAGCGUCGAUGGAGAGCGGCGAGGGCAACGCAGGCACACAGACCAACGGUCUGGACUUCCAGAAGCAGCCCGUGCCCGUCGGGGGCACGAUCUCCACGGCGCAGGCGCAGGCCUUCCUGGGCCAUCUCCAUCAGGUCCAACUCGCUGGGACGAGUUUACAGGCAGCCGCUCAGUCUUUAAAUGUACAGGCUAAGUCGAAUGAAGAGUCGGGGGACGCCCAGCAGCCAAGCCAGCCCUCCCAGCAGCCCUCCGUGCAGGCGGCCAUCCCUCAGCCCCAGCUCAUGCUGGCCGGGGGACAGAUAACCGGGCUGACGCUGACACCCGCCCAGCAGCAGCUCCUGCUCCAGCAGGCCCAGGCCCAGGCCCAGCUGCUGGCCGCCGCCGUCCAGCAGCACUCGGCCAGCCAGCAGCAUGGCGCCGCCGGGGCCACCAUCUCGGCCUCCGCCGCCACGCCCAUGACGCAGAUCCCCCUCUCGCAGCCCAUCCAGAUCGCACAGGACCUACAGCAGCUGCAGCAGCUGCAGCAGCAGAACCUGAACCUGCAGCAGUUCGUGCUGGUGCACCCGACAGCCAGCCUGCAGCCGGCGCAGUUCAUCAUCUCCCAGACGCCCCAGGGCCAGCAGGGUCUCCUGCAAGCGCAGAAUCUUUUAACGCAACUACCUCAGCAAAGCCAAGCCAGCCUCCUGCAGUCACAGCCGAGCAUCACCCUCACCUCCCAGCAGCCAGCAACCCCCACACGCACUAUAGCAGCAACCCCAAUCCAGACGCUUCCACAGAGCCAGUCGACACCAAAGCGUAUUGAUACCCCCAGCCUGGAGGAGCCCAGUGACCUGGAGGAGCUGGAGCAGUUUGCCAAGACCUUCAAACAGAGGCGGAUCAAGCUCGGAUUCACUCAGGGCGACGUCGGGCUCGCGAUGGGUAAACUGUACGGAAACGACUUCAGCCAGACCACCAUCUCCCGCUUCGAAGCCUUGAACCUCAGCUUUAAGAACAUGUGCAAGUUAAAGCCGCUUUUGGAGAAGUGGCUCAAUGAUGCAGAGAACCUCUCCUCCGACUCGACCGUCUCCAGCCCCAGUGCCCUGAAUUCCCCAGGCCAGGGCAUCGAGGGCCUGAACCGCCGGAGGAAGAAACGCACCAGCAUAGAGACCAACAUCCGUGUGGCCUUAGAGAAGAGUUUUGAGGAGAACCAAAAGCCUACCUCGGAGGAGAUCACCAUGAUCGCCGAGCAGCUCAACAUGGAGAAGGAGGUGAUUCGCGUCUGGUUCUGCAACCGCCGCCAGAAAGAGAAAAGGAUCAACCCGCCCGGCGGCGGCGCCAGCAGCUCCCCCAUCAAGGCCGUCUUCCCCGGCCCCACCCCUCUGGUGGCGACCACGCCCAGCCUCGUGGCCAGCAGCACCGCCAGCACCCUCACCGUGAACCCCGUGCUUCCCCUCACCAGCCCCGCCGCCGUCACCAACCUCUCCGUCACAGGCACGACGGACGCCACCUCCACCAACUCGGCCACCGUGAUCUCCACGGCGCCCCCCGCCCCCAUCGCCGCCGCCGCCGCCGCGUCCCCCUCCCUGAGCCCGUCACCCUCGGCCGCUGCCGCCGCCGCCGCCGAGGCCUCAAGCGCCGGUGAGAGCGGCACGACGCAGACCACGUCGGCCGCGCUGUCGUCGCCGCUGGGGGGCGGCCAGGUGAUGGUGACCGCGUCGGGGCUGCCGGGGGCCGCGCCGCUGCCCGCCAACGCCAGCCUGGCCGCCAUGGCCGCCGCCGCGGGCCUGAACCCAGGCCUCAUGGCGCCCUCGCAAUUCGCCGCAGGCGGCGCGCUCCUCAGCCUCAACCCCGGCACCCUGGGCGGCGCGCUCAGCCCCGCGCUCAUGAGCAACAGCACGCUGGCCACCAUCCAAGCGCUGGCCUCGGGCGGCUCCCUCCCGAUCACGCCGCUGGACGCCACCGGGAACCUGGUCUUCGCCAACGCGGGCGCGGCGCCCAACAUCGUGACGGCGCCGCUGUUCCUCAACCCCCAGAACCUGUCCCUGCUCACCAGCAACCCCGUCAGCCUCGUCUCGGCCGCCGCCACCGCGCCGGGCGCCGGCCCCGCCGCCAGCCUGCACGCGCCCGCCGGCUCGGCCGAGGGAACGCCGCCCGCGCUCUUCACCGCCGCGCCCGCCGGCUCCGCCGCGCCCGCCCCGUCGGCCGCGCCCAAGGCGCAGUGAGCGGGCGCGGCAGCCCCGGCCGCCGGCACCUUCCGGACAGACUCCCGGGGACAGGCGGACACCGACACGUGGGUGGCCCGGGCCGCGCGAGGACGCUCCCGCCCACCGCCCCCCACCCGGAGCCCACGGACGGCCGUGACGGGCGCGCGCGCACGGGGACGGGGCGGGCGCGAGGGCCCCGCUGGGCCGCUGCCCCCGGCGACUCUUCCAGAGGUGCUAGAAAAUUCCUUCCCUUUGGCCACUUAUGCAAGAGGCUUUGGUGCAGACUCCGGAAGCCGCGGCCGCGCUGCCGCGCGCGCCCUCCUCCUCUCAGCAGUGCCUUCGGAGCACUUGGCGCGGGCGGGGAGCUCCCGCGGGCCAGUCGCGCCCCCGCCGGCCCCGCCGAGACUACUGCGGACGCCCGUCGCCUGCUGCAGUGUGCAGGGGGGUGUGCAGGGGGUCUGUCGGUGGCCCUCGCCCCGCCCGAACCUUCCUCGGCGGAGAACAGACGCCCCCGCCCCGGCUCCCCUCCCUCCCUCCACGGCGGGUCACCUCAGGAGGCGUGAGGGGGAGAAGAGCGCGGGCCGCGGAACCUUCCAGAAGGACGGGGGCGGGGCCUGCGCGGCACCCCCAGGAGCAGGGCGGGGGGGAGGGUGCAGAGAGGAGGAGCGCGAGCAGAGGAGGGACGGGGGAGGGUCCCCGGGGCGCUGGAGCUGGGGUCCGGCCGCGUGCCCCCCCCACCCCACCCCCCGGCCCCCCGCUGUCUUCCUGUUCACUUCCCAAAGUAUUUAACGCCCCGCCCGCCCCCCCCCCCAGACCCCCAGGCCGGCGGGCUGCGUGUAGGGGAGGUGCCGUCCGUGCGCCGGUUACCGGGUCGUGACUUGCGAAGCUUGAACCAAAGUGGCCCCUGGCGGGCGCAGCCAGCGCUCGGGCAGGGGGCGGGGGGGACAUUGCUACUGACCGCGUCGCGUUUCGAAAGCUGCUGCUCGUCCUGCUCGCCCGCGCGCGCGGCCGGGGUCCGAGCGGGGGCGCCCCUGCGGAUGAUUCUGGAAUGUCGUGAAUACUGUAGCGCCCGUCGAGGGGGCGGCGGCGGGGGAGGAGGGCUCAGGGAGGGGGCCGGCCUCUGCGUCCGUUUCCCCGGCUCGCUACCAAAGGACGUGUGGGCGGGGGUCCCCGCCGCGCCGUGUGGGGGAGGGGGUUCUGUUGGGGGGGGUGUGCGCGCGUGUGCGUGCGUGUGCAAGCGUGUGCAUGUGUGUCCUUGGGAGAAUCGGCCUGUAAGCCAGCACAAGGAUCAGCCUUCAGGAGAGAGUCAGUCCCCAGUCAGAAGCCGCUUAGGAACCUUCCAGAAGGACGGUUCCGUCCCCUCCCUGAGAGCGGGUGGGGGGGCGGGUACACGGGUGCGUGUAUUCAUGCACCCCCCCCCACACACACACACACAUACACACGGCCGGGCGACGCGGGUGCAGCCUCAGACCCUCUCCCCGCCGCGCUCUCUCUCAGGAAGAACCAGGAGGUGGAGGGCGGGAGCGCGGGAACAGCGCCGUCGGGUGAGACUCGCAGCCCCGCGCCUGCCGGCCCCCAGGCUUUGUCUCUGGAGGAGGCUUCUCGCCAGAGAAGCGGGCAGUGGUGAGCUCGGCCCGCUUGUUUGGGCGGAGCGGAGAAAGCACAGUUUCUCCCUCCCGGGUCUCCGCGGCCCUGCUGUAUGGGCCCCAGGAGCACCGCGUCUAGAUCCGGACGGUUGGGGUUCCUGCCAGUGUAGCCGAGACAGCUCGGUGACCCCCGAGCGCAGCCGCGGGCGACGCCAGUUGGUCCCGGGACUGGAAGUUGCUCCCGGCCUGGGGCUGAGAGGCGACUGCAGAGGCUCCCGAGCACUGACUCAGGAGUACACACACACACACCCGCCCAGGGUCGGAACACCCAUUCCACACACAGGCACACCCCCUCCUGCCACAUACGCACGCACAGGGGAGGACAUCCCCUCUCUCUCACACACACACACACACACACGCAUGCAUGGGGAAGAACAUCCCCUCCCCCAUACUUACACACGUGUACACACACACAAGGAGGAAUUCCCUCCCCCAUAUGCACACUCAUAAAGAGGACAUCCCCUCCCCCAUACACACACAUGUACACUCACACGGAGAGGGCAUCCCCUCCCCCAUACACACAUAUGUACACUCACACGGAGAGGACAUCCCCUCCCCCAUACACACAUACACACUCACAUUAAGAGGACAUCCCCUCCCCCAUACACACACAUGCACACUCACACGGAGAGGACAUCCCCUCCCCCAUACACAUGUGCACAGGAAGGUUGGGGAUGAGCGUUGGCCGGACAGAAGGCGACUCUGACACGCUCCUGGCUCGGGCUGUGACACCCGCUGCCCCACACCAGCAGCUCCUGCUCUGUCCUUGGUCCCUUGUUGGGGGGGUCUGUGCCGUACCUGGAAUGGAGCCCCAGGGGUCCGCAGGCUGCCUCGGCCGCCCAUGAGCUCUUGGGGGUCGGUGAUUAUGAGGAGUGUGUGUGUGUGUGUGUGCGCGCGCGCACAUGCGUGCACAUGUGAGUGUAUGAUUGUGAGCGUGUGUAUCUGUGUGCACGGGUGUGUUGUAUGAGUGUGGGGGGGAGUAUUUGUGUAUGAGUGUGAGUAUGUAUGAGUGUGUUGUCUGUGUCUGGGUGUGUGUACCUGAGUGUGUGUGUGUGUGUGUGUGUGUGUGCGCGCGCGAGGUCUUCACUGCGGCCUUGUUCCCAAUCUGCCGUCUCCCCACUUAGACACCUGGGAUGCCGCUUUGGAGGCGGGCUCUCCGCUCCCCACUCCGUGGGGGCCGCAGAGGGCAGCAGGGGCCGGGCCUCUGGCCGCCGCCUCCCUCGGGGCUCCCCCCCCCAUCCCUCCGCCCCGAUUCCCACGGGGGCUGUGGGUCACUGUUCCCUCCUCCCUGCCCGCCCGCGUGCCAUCCCUCGGCCUUUGCCGGACAAAGCCCACCUGCCCGUCUCCUCCUCUCUCUGGCAACAGCCUCCGAGGGAGGACAAGCCUGAGGGGUCCCGCCCAGGCCUGCACCCUCCUGAAAUACCUCAGCAGCGCAGCGUGCUUGCGGAACCCGUCUGAACCCCCGAACCAGACAUGUGGAGAGAACCUUCAUGCUAGGGAGCUGCUUCCCGGCCGUGGGUCCGACCGUCGGUGACUCCGCGGGAUAGGCAUGGUGGCUGCUUGCCACGUCUCGGGGACCCUGUUGGUAGGUGAGGGAGGGCCGGGAUGGAGGACAAGCGGGCUAUGUUGGUGACAUUGUGCGUGAGUGUGUGUGCAUGCGUGCAUGUGUGUGUGUGUGUGUGUGCGCACGCGCGCUCGUGUGUGUGUAUCUGUGUUUCUCCUGAUUUCUGUCUGGCCAAAGGACACUUCAGUGUGCCCGUGACUGGCUCCGAGCAGGAGUGGGACAUUGCGGGCCAGGCAGGGACAGGCCCUUAGGUUCGGGUCCCCGAGGCCGCUGCUGUGUCGUUACCUCUGGGUGCAGGUCGGGCUGCCCGGCUGGGCCCGAGUGGGCCGUGCGCCCGCGGCCUUUCUGCUGAGACCCGGGUGGGGACCGGGUCCGGGUACCAAAGACGCUCGUGCCGGCCGGUCCCCUCCCCUCCAUUCCACAGGGGCAGCGUGGGGGAGCAGUGGCCAGAAGUGGCAGGGCAUUGCUGCCGUCCCUCCUCUUCCUGCCGCCCUUCCGGGGUGCUGGCCGUGAGCUGCACCCCCAAACCGCGGCUUCAGGCCGCCGUCCAGAUGGUCCUUCCCCUGGAAAAUGGGGUGCCUGGCCCCCCGCCCCCCUCCCUGGUGUGGCCCAGGCUAGGUCGGUCGGCUUGAGCCCACCUGCUGUCCCCCAGACACUGUCGUAUACCUCAGCUCCAGCUCGGGCCCGCGGCUGACUCCACCCCCAGAGCCCCAAGUCUGUCCUCCCUGUCUGUCGGUCCGUCCGCCCAUUUGUCCGUCCCACACAGCUCUGCACCCCAGGUGGGCCCCCAUAGCCCCUGAAUGUCGCUGCUGCAAAGCUACUGCAAACCAAGGGUGAAAACUACCGCCCUCCUCCUUCUGGCCAGGCUCGAGGGGCUGGCGGGGGGGGGGGGGGGGCCUGGGGGUGCCCCGGCCCCGGGUCCUGCUGACUUCUGGCCUGGGGGCAGGGCGGCCAGUGCUCCCAGCCACCUGCUGCAUACACAUCUCACUUUUUUUUCUUUGAUGACCAAAAAAAAUAAAUCCAAAUAUUUAAGUUUUUUAUUAUUAUUAAUAUUAUUAUUAUUUGACAAUCUUCUCUCCCGUGGCGCUCUCUCGAAGCUGCCCCCAGCCCUUUCAGCUUUUCUUUGAAUGUACCCCCCGGCCCGCACCAGGGGCCGCUGCCCAGGCCUGCUGCUAGCGCAGCGCCGCGGGCGUUCCUGUGUUUCCUUUUGUUCUUUGACUUUCCAGCCAAAACCAAAGAUUUCUUGAUGAUUGUAUAAACUCAAAACAAACCAAAAAACCAAAGAGAAGGGAAUCUUCUGUGGCCUCCAGUCGGGCCCGGGGCCCAGGACUCCGUGGGCUGGGGGCGCGGGCUGCCGCUGGGCGCUGGGACCCUGGGCGUGGCCCGGCCCAGCCUCCCCCCCCCCCCCCCGCCGGCCUCUCUCUUCUCUCCGUCGCUCCAGCAUCUAUGCACCGCCCACCCCACCCCUGCCCGUGGACGCCUGUGACUUUUUAACUGGGGGGGAGGGGGGCUGCCGGAUGAAGGAACUUUUUACAUGGGUCUUUUUAAAUCUCAGUUGACCAGGGCGGGUGGGGUGGGGUGGGGGGGGCGCAUUUGGUUCUAGGGUCACACAAGCUCAAUCCCAAAGGAGAAUCCAGAUGUUAAUAAUAUUAGCCUGGUGCGGAUAUACCAAAGAUGGUCCUUCCUGCAGAACCUUAGAGUUGUUACCAAGUACGACUUACCCAGCACUUGCAUUAGUCUAACCUCAGUAAUUCCAAAGCUUAGAUGUAUAUUUUGGUAUAUUUCUGGGAUAUUAAAAGAAAAAGAAGAAAAAACCCACAAAAAACAAAACCCCCUGUCGUUGAACUUCCCGUCUGUCUCCAGUGCGAGCCCCGUAAGCAUGGGAGUGACUGAGCUGUCCUCGUAGUCUGGAACUAGAGUAUUUUUGUACAUUGCGGGUGUGUCUGCGUAUGUAUUAACAGAACAGUUUUCACUGCCUAGGUGUUCCUAAUAAAAGGAAAAUGAAAAAGCUCUGCGUGUACAUAAACCCAGUGACACCUCCGGGCUGCCGGGCCCGGCUCGCUGCUUCCUGCCUGCAGCUGGCGGCAGUUCAUUUAGACAGCAAGUGACCGUGAUUUUUCUAACGCUGUUUCGUUCUCCGUGUCUUUGAAAAUCCUAACCCCCCCACCCCACCUUUUUUCUUUCAUUUCCUUUGAAAAAAAUAUAUAUAUAUGUAUUAUUGAUUCAGGGUGUGUUUCCACUGUUGUCGGGUGCACGAGGGGGCGCUGGCCCUUGGCCCCCCCAAACUUCGGUUAUAUGUACUUUAAAAUGUGAGUCUGGAUUCUCUCGCGUGGGGGGCGUCAGACGUGGUGUAAGCGGCUCCGGCAGGCGGUGGGGGGGGUCUGCCUGCUGGGGGGGAGGGUCCUUGCGCAUUUCUCUUGGAAGUGGUGCCCUGUCGGGGCUCGUGGCCACCUCCCUCCCAGAGGAGGCGCUUCCUCGGAGUCUGGGGGUCCUGGAAACACGCUUUCUUGGUUUCAGAAACUGGAAACCACAGAACUUGACGUGGCGGGGCACAGGGCAGGGAGGGGGGCGCGGGGGACCGUGCCAGGUCGCCUCUCCCGUGCCCUGGCCCCGCCGGCCGCCGUGACAGUGAAUCUGAAUGGAAUGGUAGAUUUUGUGUAGAUGCAUUUGUCUGCUGUAAUUUUUUUUAUAUAUAUAUUAAACUUACUGUAACUGUACAGUUCAUUUCUGUUGUAAACAUCAUUAAACCAUUUUUCAAGUGUU